UCUUGAGCUUCAUCCUCAAUCCGGCGGAACUGUAUCUUCAAUUAUUCAUACGAGAUAGGCGAGUAGUACUGUAGAAUUUAUACUCGUCUGAUAAAUGGAUGUAUAUUUUAGUUUUAGAUACAUCCAUGGUGAAAUUGCACUUGUAUUCAACUUCCACGGUUACUUAGUGCAAGUUGUUUGCAGGUGAAAAUUGUAGCUAGUGAUCACAUCUGUGGCCGUCGUUUUCACAUCUUUAGCUAGUGACCACAUCUCACAUCUCACUAGUGAACAAAAUCGUGGCUGGUCAUCGCUAUCCUCUGUUAAGGAUGGUAGGUAGUGCACAUAUUAGGCCACCAAAAGAACAAAAUGUGGCAUGGAUAUUCCAAAUUUGACAUGUUAGUUUGUUGCUGCUACACAAUUAAUUAAGGACUAAUUAAUGUUGCUUUCUUUGUGAGAGAGUAACCUGCUGCUUUCUUUGGCAUGCCAUUCUUUACAAGUAGUAGUUCAAUACUGCACUCUUAUCUUAUUGGAUUUGCCAAACGCGCACGGUCUUAUUCGUAUACUAAAUAUGGGACAAGGUCAAGUAGAUCUAGUAUAUAUAAGUAUAGUAUGAACAUUAAUGCACUACAAGUCUGCAACCACCCCCCAACAACUCCAGCUCUAUAUCUAUAUCUCUAUCUCUCUUGCCAAUAAUUGAUUGUUCGGUUGGUUGGCGUUAUCUGUUUCUGUUCCUCUUCUCCUCUUUCUCUAUACCUUUCAGAUGGGGGCAGCAGCAGCAGCACUGGUUCUAGUCAUGGCUGGCCUCUUGGGAGCUGCAGCUGCCAGUGUAGGCGACGAGUGUUCGACGACGACGAGUGUUGGCUGCGGUGCCGGGCAGUGGUGCUUCGACUGCGAGCCGAAGCUCGCCGGCUCCCACUGCGUCCGCUCAGCCGCCACCAACCCCUUCCAACUCGUUAAUAACUCGUUGCCAUUCAAUAAGUACGCCUACCUCACGACGCACAAUUCAUUCGCGAUUGUUGGGGAACCGUCGCACACCGGAAUUCCACGCAUCACCUUCGACAACCAGGAGGAUACAGUCACCGAUCAGUUAAAGAAUGGUGUUCGCGCGCUAAUGCUCGACACAUAUGACUUCAAAGGAAGUGUAUGGUUGUGCCAUUCCAGUGGAGGCAAAUGCAACGAUUUUACUGCAUUUGAACCGGCAUUGGACACAUUCAAGGAAAUUGAGGCGUUUCUUUCUGCCAAUCCAUCUGAAAUUGUUACGUUGAUCCUGGAAGACUAUGUUCACGCGCCAAAUGGCCUGACGAACGUGUUCAAGGCCUCUGGUCUGCAAAAGUACUGGUUUCCGGUGUCGAAUAUGCCAAAGGAUGGUCAGGAGUGGCCUCUUGUCAGCGAAAUGGUCACAAGCAACCAGCGCCUCCUUGUGUUCACCUCUGCCAGAUCGAAGCAAGUCACAGAAGGAAUCGCAUACCAGUGGAAUUUCAUGGUUGAGAAUAAUUAUGGCGACGAUGGAAUGGAUGCUGGCAAAUGCUCAAACCGUGCAGAGUCCGCGCCGCUCAACGACAAGACCAAGUCACUGGUCCUCAUGAACUACUUCCCAUCUGUCCCAAUGAAGCCGACUGCGUGUUUGCAGCACUCCAGGGGCCUCACUGGCAUGUCUAACACAUGCUACGGCUCAGCUGGAAACCGAUGGGCUAAUUUCAUCGCAGUUGAUUACUACAAGAGAAGCGAGGGAGGGGGCGCGUUCCAAGCCACCGAUCUGCUCAACGGCAUGCUCCUGUGUGGAUGCCAGGACGUCAAGGCUUGCCAGCGAGGAUCUAGCGUAGUAUGCUCUACCUGAAUCCAGGACAGCUAGGACAUGUAGCAACUGCACAUACAUAGAACAAGCGGAGAACUGGAGAUGCAUGGUGCGAUGAUUUAGUCUCAAGAUGAGACAAGACAUACUCUUUUUUCUUUCUGGGUAGGGGAAAUAUUUACUUAGGAUUCAGAUUUUCCGAAACUGAAAGUUGAAAAUGACUGGUUUCUGCAACGGAAAAAUGGUGAAGAUGUUGGAUAGUGCAUUAGAAAUGUGAACGUGAUUCGUCAACAUGCUGUGCUCUCGGAGACGUUGUAGUUGUGCCUGGUGGAAUAUUUGGCAUUAUGGUUAUUUCUUUCAUACAUUUUCACAUCAAAUGCUGUUGCUAUAUGUUAAUUAUUAAUGGUUUGUCAUUAUGGUCA